UCCUGCCGCGAUCCUCUCCCUCUCCUCGCCAUCUCCUGCCGCGAGCCCUAGCAGAGGUCGGCGCGAGCCAUCUCCUGCACCUAAACCUUAGGUGGGAAAAGGUUUAAACAGGCAGAGCCCAGUCAACACAAGGAAGGAUGGGGUGGAAGGCAGCUGAGAAGUUAUUCAGGCACUGGAAGAUCCUCAGAGGCGACAACGUCAUGAUCAUAAGAGGCAAGGAUAAGGGUGAGACAGGUAUCAUCAAACGUGUCAUUAGAUCUCAGAACAGAGUCAUUGUUGAAGGGAAAAAUUUGGUGAAGAAACACAUCAAACAAGGGCAAGGACAUGAGGGUGGAAUCUUUUCAAUUGAAGCCCCCCUUCAUGUUUCCAAUGUCCAGGUUCUUGACCCAGUUACUGGGAAGCCAUGUAAGACCGGGUAUAAAUAUCUGGAAGACAGAACUAAAGUACGGGUCUCUAGAGGACUUGCUGCAUCUGGAGCUGUAAUUCCUCGUCCUGAAAUACUAAAAGAAAGGCGAAAACCAAGACCUAGCUUUGUUGGUCCCAAGGAUACACCAGUUGAACUAGUACUCGAAAAGACAUACGAUGCUAAAGCUGGAAUUGGCAUGCCUGAUCUCUAGAAGUCCUCGAUAAGGGAAAAUCAUUCUCUCAUCUGCAUUAUCAUCGAGGAAGUUCAGAUCGUGCUUAAUUUGGCGACAUAUGUUUCUUGUUCAAAUAUGCACCAUGACUUUGAUUUGUUUAGGUUCAACUCUUGCAUGAUAAAUGUCAACGCUAUUACUUAAUUUUGCUAGCACAGCUGUGCUGUUAGAAUUUCACGACUAAGUGAUGCCUAUUGAAACACUUUCAAGUGUAAACUGAAAUCGUGUUGCAUUACUUGUUCUCGAUGAACA